CACGCACUGUUUUGACUGUGCCCCGUCCUCGCUGUUGGCGCCGCCGCCGGCCGGACGAGGAAACAAUAAGAGAUGAACAGCUCAGCUUGAUCCCCACUCUCUCCCUUGGGCUCCAGCUGUCUACCAUACCUGUCGGCAUUAUGUAUAUGAUGUCUUGCUGAAGCCCGUCUCCUCCUCCUCCUUCUUUUCUCCUUCCCCCUUUUCUUUUCCUCUUCCCUUCCUCCGACUACCUUUUUGGCUAUCUCUGUUGUAGUUGCCUUUGGAAGGAAGUUGUCGUGUUUUGCUUUUCUCGGUUUCAAUUGGCGGUAUUCCUGAGCGCGCUUCAAUUCCCAAUUGCAAUCCCCUCCAUCCAUCAUGGCGGUGGGCAUAUCGCGGGCCAAGUGCCUGAUGAUGCUCUUCGCGUUGGCCUCCAUUGCUGUCCUCCAAGUUUAUGCGCGUGGUACGCACGAGACGUACGGGACGGAAAGGAAAGCGAGUCCUUCGGACAUGAGCUUGGAGGAGCUGGAUGGGUUGUUGCAGGAUUGCCCAGUAGUCCAAGCCCUCUCCGCCGAAAAGGUCAUCGCGCACGCGCACCAGUCCUCCUCCGCCACCGAGCGCCUCUUCGCCAUCCUCUUCCCCGGCUCCCCCGCCGUCAACGCCAUCCUCGCGACCCUGUACAUCUCGGGCCCGCCUAACUUUCUACUGGCGCUGUGCCCGACCAACAUCGACCCGUCUUCGCUGUCCGUCAUGGUUGCCUUUGCCGUGGGCGGCCUGCUGGGCGAUACCCUGUUCCAUCUGCUUCCCGAGAUCUUCAUUGGCGAGGAUAGCCACGAGAGCGCCAAGUUUGUGCUGGUCGAACCAAACAGGAACUUACUGCUGGGCCUUGCGAUCCUGGUCGGGUUCAUGACGUUUGUGGCUAUGGAUAAGGGCUUGAGGAUCGCCACGGGCGGGGAAGGUGGGCAUGAUCAUUCUCAUGGACAUUCCCAUGGCGGUCAUUCGCAUGAGCACGGCGCGGCGACUGGUGUUGACGUGGCCAAGAAGGGCGAUGCAAAGAACAGGAAGGGUGAGAAGAACGAGCUGAAGAAGAAGGAUGUGGACGCUCAAGAGGAGGAUGACAAGAAGGAGGUUAACCCCUCUGCGAAGCUGGGCGGCUAUUUGAACUUGAUCGCCGACUUCACCCACAAUAUCACCGACGGCCUCGCCAUGUCCGCCUCCUUUUACGCCUCUCCCACCAUCGGCGCAACCACCACCGUGGCCGUCUUCUUCCACGAGAUUCCCCACGAGGUCGGCGACUUUGCCCUGCUCGUCCAGUCCGGCUUCUCCAAGCGCCAGGCCAUGGGCGCCCAGUUCGUCACAGCCAUCGGCGCCAUGCUCGGCACUCUUAUUGGUAUCGCCGUGCAGGAAUUCGGUGGUAGCAGCGGCUCCAACGAGGCGGCAAUGGGCAUGAAGGAGGGUAUUUGGGGAACCAGCUUAACCUGGGGCGACAUGCUUUUGCCGUUCACGGCCGGUACGUUCCUGUAUGUGGGCACGGUGGCGGUCAUUCCGGAGUUGUUGGAGACGGGCAAGGAUAAGGCCAAGGAGUUGAAGAAGACACUGGUGCAGUUCGCGGCUAUUGCGGUGGGGGCGGGGAUUAUGCUGUAUAUCUCGUGGCAUGAUUGAGGGCGUUGGGGAUAGACCAUUAAGGGUUUGUUACUUUUGGUAGGGUUAAGUCAGGGGGUUGUCGUUAUGGGUCAGAUGUUUCGAGAACUGUCCACCAUUGUUUUUAGAGAUAUGUGGGUAUGGUGUACUUGUGAACGGUUAUCAACGGCUGGAAAAGACUUAUCGGACAUGUUGAACUACAUGAAGCCCGCAGGGUCAAAGGCUUCGUGAUUACCUCUGGUAAUGGUAAUGGUAAUAGACAUUAUCACAACCUCAACUCGGUGUUGACGAACCUACAAGGUCAUGGUCCCAGUUACAGUGGAAACGAUCACAGUCACCAAGCACAC